CACGUGACCUGUGUCACAUGGUUUGUUGGAUCAGGAAGAGGCGCUGACCACAGAGCGGGUCUUUAUAAUACAGCUGAAUAAAUGAUAUAAAUCUUCAGAUUCAGAGAGAUGAGCGUUAUUCUGGAUAUAAGACUGAAGCGCGCUAAUAAAGUCUACCAUGAAGCGGAGGUGCUGGCUGGAGUCGUGGUUAUCACCAGUAAGGAAGCAGUGCAGCAUCAAGGCAUCUCUCUUACCAUGGAAGGCCUUGUGAACCUGCAGCUUAGCUCCAAAAGUGUGGGAGUGUUCGAAGCUUUUUACAACUCCGUAAAGCCCAUUCAGCUCAUCAACAGCAACAUUGAAGUGGCUAAACCAGGCAAAGUCCCGGGAGGCAAAACAGAGAUUCCAUUUGAAUUCCCGCUGCAAGUCAAAGGAAACAAAGUGCUGUACGAGACGUAUCAUGGUGUUUUUGUCAACAUUCAGUACACCCUUCGCUGUGACAUGAGGCGCCCUCUGCUGGCGAAAGACUUGAGCAAGACCUGUGAAUUUAUGCUUCAUUGUCAGCCACAGAAAUCUAAAGUGCAGCCGAGUCCAGUUGAUUUCACUAUAUCUCCAGAAACAUUACAGAACGUGAAAGAGAGGAACUCUCUGCCGAAGUUCCUGGUCAGAGGCCACCUGGAUGCCACUAACUGUGUGAUCACACAGCCUCUCACAGGGGAGCUGGUCGUUGAGAGUUCAGAGGUUGCAAUCAAGAGCAUUGAGCUGCAGCUAGUCCGUGUGGAGACAUGCGGCUGUGCUGAGGGGUAUGCCAGGGAUGCAACAGAGAUUCAGAACAUCCAGAUUGCAGAAGGAGAUGUGUGUCACGGCCUCCCCAUCCCAAUAUACAUGGUGUUCCCCAGGCUCUUCACUUGUCCUACACUUGAAACUACAAACUUUAAUGUUGAGUUUGAGAUGAACGUGGUGAUCGUUCUUCACGAUGACCAUUUAAUAACGGAAAACUUCCCCUUGAAGCUGUGCAGAGUGUGACGCCGAAGUCUACAGAUUUACCAGCAUUAACUGUUGGAUAUUUUGCAAAGUGACCUUAUGUGUUUUUCUGGUCCCAGUCAAGAAUUGCUGCAGUGGGGGCAGUUUUGGAGCUAUGGGUGCUGAUAUUUACCACAACUAUAAAAUGUACAGUACAGAGAGUCACAGUGUUCUGAUAGUAGACUGACCAAGCAGUUGCCAAAUAAUUACCAUGAGCAAUUACUGGUUUGUAACGAUCAUUAUUCUUCUUAUGUUGCCUUGUGGUACAUGGUUUACUAACCCUGGACAUCUGCAGAGAUCCAGUGCCAUGUCAUUUAUAAUAUGAUUAAACUCACGCAUUAUCCCAGUUCUCUUUUGGACCCCUUGCCCUUAGAACAGAGUUACAAGAGGAACGGGUGAAAUACUCCCCCCGAAGAAUUGGGACAACUCUUUAGAAGCCCCCGAUACUGAUAUAAAAGGAGUCUUCAAACGACAGUUGCCAAAGCUUCAAGCUAUGGUCUUUUCUGUUUUGUGGUUUAACAAGUUUCGUCUCCUCGUGUUUAAUAAAAUAUCUAUUUGUCCACUGUUACACACCGUAAUUACACUUUGGGCGCGCAUUUCCACAGAGAUCCCCGUAAACACAACAGCGAGUGGAAAUGGAGGAGCUACUGAACGCGGUCACGUGAUCGAGAAAGCAAAAAUUGCAGUCCAGAUGCAAGAGUUUUAUCACUGAGUUGAUGUGUGAAAAAUUUUUCACAGACGUCCACCUGAGAAACUAAUCCCGAUUUCUACACUGAUUUCUGUAAAAACUACAUAACAAUAAAGUAGCAAUACACUACUUGCAGUA